UCUUCAACGGAGGAGUUGGAGUCCUUGCAAAUAUCUUAAUCAUUUCUUUUUGUAUUUAGAAUUGAACAUUAAAUUUGUGAAAUAGGAGACAGGAGAAGGACAAAUUAGGAAGACAAGGACAAUUAUGGGCACUAUAUGGCCCUUUCUGCUGUUACUGUCACUGACGCCGACUACCACAUAUGGAUUAACGAUAGAACAUCACACCUGCCCAAAGACUCGACCUGUUACAGUCAGCACAGUGAAAGCAUGCAAUGAAUUUGUCACCUUGCUGGUACAUGGCGGGUGGAGAGUGAAUCAAGCUAAAUCUAACUUAACUACAAUGACUUCUAAGGAAUUCGAGAAUUAUUUGGCUAAUACAAUUAAUUCAGACACAGACAAUUCUCAGUGUCUCUACGAAAGGACGGAAGAAGAAACUUAUGUCGAGUGUUGCGAGGGUUAUAAUGGAACAGAUUGCCAAACACCCGUGUGUAACCCACCGUGUAAAAGCGGAACAUGUAUAUCUCCAAAUAAAUGUGAAUGUCCUGAUGGGAUGAGCGGAAUAGCGUGCGAUGAACAAAAAGAAACAGAGGAAGACCAACACCUGCAGUAUUGUUAUAUAAAUAAAGGUUGCCAAGGAGUCAAGGUUUCGUCAUCCUUUGGUCAGCUCGUUCCCAAGGAUCAGUGUUGUAAUGCUGGAGGUGCGGCAUGGGGUAGAUAUGGAUCAAUGUGCCAAGCGUGCCCUCCAGAGAACCCGCAGAUACCAGACCAUCUUCAUUGUUUUAACUUUGGAAAGAAUUUAUACCAAACCUUCGAUGGUACAUUGUACGUGUUUGAUGGUUCCUGCACCUAUACUAUGGCCUCGGACAGUUUGAACAAUUGGCGUGUUAACCUGGAUGUCGGUGCUUGUGGAGCAGAUGAUCCGUACAGCAACUGUACCAAGAGAAUUGAUAUUGAAUCAACAGGGACCAAAGUGGAAGUUAACAACGGACAAUUGUUUUAUGAUGGUACUUCCAUAAGUGUCUCUGAAAAGAGCUCAACUACGCUUGGUCUCAACAAAGCAAUGACCGCAUACAGGGAAGAAGAUAUUUGGAUUAUUUCUUUCCAAAACGUAAAAGUGAAAACAAAUGGCAGAAGUGUAUAUAUUCACAUGACAAGAGGUAUAACACGUAACAUGGUAGGACUAUGUGGAAACGCAGACGACGACCAGUCAGAUGAUAUAACCGGUGAGGCUUACGAGUUUGGAAACAGUCAUACAGUCAUUACUCCAGAUUACUGUCCUGAGGCAGGUUAUCCUCUUGGGUCGCAAUGCUCUGGCGAUGCUACGCAGAUGGAAGCAGAAAUAGCAUGUAAUCCGAUACUUGCUGUUUACAGAGGAGUCCAAGCGGUUCACCCAAAGUAUUGGUUCGACUACUGUGUUAGCGCCUACUGCGGUGCAAAAGAUAGAGAAGAAAAAGAAGCGGUAAAAUGUGACGUUAUAGAGGCAUAUGUGGACGAGGUUGAGACCAAGGACUCGACUACGGUAUCCUGGAGAACGGCUUAUACAUGUCCUAAGACAUGUCCAGUGGGCAAGGUUUACAGUUCACCCAAGCCUCUUUGUGAGCGGAUGUGUUCGAACCUGUUCCAAGUUCUGUCCUCGGAGGAAUGCGCGGAAACCACGUCUGGAUGUGAGUGUGCUUUUGGUAAAGUCCUGGACUAUAACAACGAAUGUGUUACACCGGCGGAGUGUCCUUGUAAACAUCUCAAUAAAUUGAUUCAGCCAGGUCAAAGUGUCAUGAUUGACUGCAAUGAGUGUACAUGUAAAGGAGGACGUAUGGUAUGUGAAGAAAAUCAUUGUUCAUCGACAUGUUCUGUGGUCGGGUAUGGUCAUUUCUCCACGUUUGAUGGUGUACAGUACGAUUAUGACGUUGGAAACGAUCUUUGCGAGUACACUUUAAUAGAAACAACUGAAGAGGCAGCUGAAGACGGUGAUGACUUACAAGUAAAAAUGGAAACUGGUCUAUGUCCAAACCUGAAGAAUGCUAAAUGUAUUCGCGGCUUGAAAAUUCGAUACGACAACACGUUAGUCGAGAUGAAUGACGAAGGAAUUGUAUUUGUAAAUGGAAGUAAAGUUGAAUUACCAUAUUUGCCACUUGAUUCGGAAAAUAUGCAAAUAAAACAAGUGACGUCGAAAAACAAAUACUUACGUUUGCUCGGGUUCACCUUAACUUAUGACGACGCCCAAACUCUGCACUUGACAUUGAGCCCAUAUUAUGAGGAUAAGGUGAUUGGGAUGUGUGGUAGAUUCAACAAGAAGAGCUCAGAUGAUUUGGAAAUGGAAGGGAUACCACAGCCUAAUCCACAAAAUGUUGUGUUUGGGUAUGGAAAACCAAGUUGUAGAGAGCUUGUCACACCGAUAAAUCCAUGUGAUUCUCAGCCUUCCUUGAAACGUUAUGCCGAGGAAGUUUGUAAUCAUAUAAAGGACAAAGCAUUUCUAGGGCCAGUCUGGCAAUACUUUGCCGGGUCUUUGCAAGACACUUGGUACUUCUAUGAUAAAUGUGUAUGGGAUACUUGUGUAACUGGCUUCACAACGGUUAAUGAGGCAAUGUGCACGUGGACAAGUGCUCUGUCUAGGGCGGCCAUAAGUUUUGGCUAUGAGAUAGACUGGUCAUACAACAAUUACACGAAAACAUGUGCUGACACUGUGAACAGCUGUACAACACGAAAGGGGUCUGUUUACAGAACAUGUGUAUCUCCAUGUAGGACCUCUUGUAGAGAUAAACAAGACGUUGAAAGCAAUUGCGAGGAAGAUUGUAUUCAGGGUUGUCACUGUCCCCAUGGACAAUAUUUAGAUGCGUUUGACACGUGCGUCCCAAUUAACAAAUGCACGUGCUACGACAAAACAAACCGAGAGUCAAAGAGGGCCGGCGAAGUGAUUAAUAGGGAUUGUGAAACAUGCACAUGUACGAAUGGAACCUGGGAUUGUGUAAAACAUGUGGAGUGUAAUGAAGAUGAUUAUUGUCCGCACAACCAGGUCUAUUUACGUGGAUACAAUUGUCCACAUACCUGCACUUCCUAUGAUGCAGCUAACCCAAACGAAUGUAAAGAAAAACUGCCUCGUAGCGGCUGUGGUUGCCCACAAGGGGAAGAAAUGAUGGUUAUUGGGCACAAUGGUACCUGUAUACCUUUCCAUAAAUGCCCAUGUACGUAUAAUAACAGAAGUUUCGGCGAGGGGGAGUCACUUUAUGUUGACUGCAAGCACAGGACGUGUAUAGAUCGUAAAUGGGAAAUUAUCAAAGAUGAGGAUUGCAUGUCUGUGUGCUAUGCCGCUGGUGAUCCUCAUUACACAACAUUUGAUAACAGAGUGUACUCGUUCCAAGGUGCAUGCGAAUACACUUUUGCCAGGUCUCUCAAUAACGAAUUCGAAGUAGUAGUUCAGAACAUUCCAUGCGGUAGUACGGGAGUGACCUGCACAAAAAAAAUAGAAGUUAGCAUUGGCAGCUUAGACCUUAAAUUUAUAAAGGGUCAGAGCAUGGGAGCAGAGGCAUUUAACGAAUAUGAAGCACAAGGUGUUAUUACGGAGGUCAUCGGAGGGCAGUUCGUCACUAUCAUAUGGAAGGAUAUGGGUUUUGUUUUAAAGUUUAAUCUUGGAACUAACGUGUAUCUCUACCUGUCGAGUCGGUGGAAGGGUAAAGUGCAGGGACUUUGUGGAAACUUUGACGAUGAGGUGAAGAAUGAUUUCGGAACGCUUGGAGGAGGAACCACUGUUCUUGCUGAAUUUCUGAACAGUUAUAAGAAAGAGAGUACCUGUCCAGAUGUUGACGCAGAUGAUGUAUCGCCAGAACCUUGCCUGGACCUUGAGUACCGGAAAUCCUGGUCAGAAGAAAGUUGCGGAAUUAUCACUAGAAAAGAUGGGAUCUUCAAAGAAUGUAUAAAAGCUACGGGCCAGGCCGAUCUUGAAAAGUUUUACAAACAAUGCUUAUUUGACGCCUGCGCGUGUGAUUCUGGCGGCGACUGCGAGUGUCUGUGUUCCGCUAUUUCCAACUUUGCCGUACACUGUAACAGUUUGGGUUUCUGUAUCAAAUGGAGAUCGAAUCAACUGUGUCCUAUGCAGUGUGACAACGGAUUGAUCUAUGAAGCAUGUGGAGGUCCGGCUCCCCAAACCUGUGAAAACCUGGGCGACGAUCAACAAGAUUUUUGGAAACAGGUUGAAUCAAACGAAGGUUGCUUUUGUCCAGAAGGCUACAUCAAAAAUGGGGAUGGAUGUAAACCAGUGACGGAAUGCGAGUGUUAUGUUAAUGGUACAUAUUAUCCGCCCGGAUAUAGCGAGACCAGGAACUGUCAGACAUGCACUUGCGCAAACGGAACAUUUACCUGCGAGGGCGACACAUGUAAAUGUGACGAUACAGAAUUCCAUUGUGGAGGAGGAGAAUGUAUCAAUGGAACCCGGAGGUGCGAUGGGAAUUACGAUUGCAACGACGGAUCUGAUGAAUAUCCUUUCGAGAAUUGUACUUGCCCUCCGAAUUAUGUCGAAUGUGCAGAUAACGCAGGUUGUGGAAAAAUAUGUAACAACAUCACAGAAUGUUACGAUGGAUCUGAUGAAUUGAAUUGCAAAUGCAAAGAGAAUGAAUAUGAAUGCAACGAUGGUGAAUGUAUAAAUGGAGGCGAAGUUUGUGAUGGGUAUUGUGACUGUGAGCCCGACUGUGAAGAUGAAAAGAUCUGCAACACUACGACGAUAUCAACUACAACAACAACACCAACAACAACAACAACAACAUAUACAUCAUCCACUACAACUUCUUCUACAACAUAUACAACAUCAACUCCAACUUCUUCUACAACAACAACUCCAACGAUAACAACAUCAGAAAGUACGACGUCGUCAUCAACUACUCCAAGCACAACGCCAACGACCUCAACGACGCCUACAACGACACCUUCAAGUAUGUCCACUACUUCUACACAGACUACAACAAGUUCCACACAGACAUCCCCAACAACAUCAGUGACGCCAUUCCCUUGCCAAGAAACAGAGAGCAUGUCAAACCCUUACUUGGUCCCUACAAGCAAUAUUCAAGUUCUAGGUGAUCUUGAUCCCACGCAAGAUGUAAAUGCACUACGUCCCGGUUCCGAAUAUCCAUUUUACAUCACCUCAAACAGUGUAAUUAUCAUUGUCACAUUUUCGUCAACGGUACAGCUGGGAAGUGUUGGCUUAAUUAAUCCUACAAACUUGGAAUCAUUCAGUGUUUAUUACGACACAGAGACAACGCAACGAUCAGCCGUGCAGAACAUUCACGAUGUUGACACUCCAGCUAAGUAUCGGGAUGCAACAAAUGUGACUUCUGUGACAAUUACAAUCAGGAGAAAUACAAUAGAUGUCAACCCGGCUUCGUUCCAAUUGGAUAUGCGAGUUUGUUACAUAUCGAGUAAGCCAACCACUCCAAGUACUUCAACAAGCACGACAUCUACUCCAAGUACUUCAACAAGCACGACAUCUACUCCAAGUACUUCAACAAGCACGACAACCACUCCAAGUACUUCAACAAGCACGACAACCACUCCAAGUACUUCAACAAGCACAACAUCUACUCCAAGUACUUCGACAAGCACGACAACCACUCCAAGUACUUCGACAAGCACGACAUCUACUGCAAGUACUUCAACAAGCACAACAUCUACUCCAAGUACUUCAACAAGCACGACGUCUACUCCAAGUACUUCAACAAGCACGACAUCUACUCCAAGUACUUCAACGAGCACGACAACUACCCCAAGUACUUCAACAAGCACGAUAACAACUCCGAGCACAUCGACAACAACACAGAGCACCGCUACAACAACUCCAAGCACCACCACAACAGCAGCUCCAUGUCUUGACUUUGAUGCCAUGACAAACCGUGGUAUCGUCCCAAACGAUCUUGUAAUGAUAAAUGGCGAGACUGCUACAGUGGAGGAUGCUGAAUCUUUAAGAUCUGACCUAGGUGGUGUCUAUUCCACAUACGCCACUGGAACAACAGUGGUCAUUAAAUUUGUUGACGAAGUUCAACUUGUGACAGUCAGUUUGGUCAAUCAAGUGGGAAUCGACCAUUUCGGCGUUUUCUAUAACGGAGACCAGAAUUCAAAGAAGACUGGUGAAAAUGCGAAUGCUGUUGUACAGUAUCAAGGCGCACCCAAUGUUACAAAAGUAACGAUUGUCAUUAUUAAAGAUACGACUUUACCUUCUCCGAUGUCAUUCAACCUUUUAGUUCGUGUUUGUUAUGAAUGUACCACAGUAAUGAUCAGUGAGACACCUGAAGCUAUUUCAGCUAACACUCUCGUGCAGAACCUUAACGAGAACAUUUUCGCGACUGAGGGUGUAUCGUUCAAUACAACAGUGGACGGAUUCUUAGAAUUUACGUUCUUGGAGGUACAACGAACAACCGAAGUGUAUCUGAAGGUCCAGCCUGAAAAUGAAUUUGUAUCAAUUGACCUAGUACUUGUAACGUAUUAUGAUACAGGAAGGAAAGUGAAAGAAACACUUGCCGAAAUAACAAGCGUUGAUGGAGAGUUAAUCAUUUCUGACGCAAACCCGCAAGGAAUACAAUCUGAAAAAAUACGAAUAGAAUUUAUAACAAACCCAGAAAACGUCAUCCUUACUUUGAAAGAAGCGAUAGUUUCAGCUUGUACACAAGUGCAAGUUUCAUCGACAACAACAGCUUCAACAAGUACAACAACACCAACAACAACACCAACAAGUACAACAUCGGUUACAACACCGACAUACCCCUGCCAGGAGUUUAAUGCUAUGACGGAUGAUUUCAUUGUCGCAACGAGUGCAAUAACGAUAAAUGGCCAACAUGUAUCCGAUGUAGAGGCGAACCUCUUGAGACAAACUUCCGACACAGGUUACAUAACAUCUGACAAUGUUUCAAAUAUUAAAUUACGUUUUGUUGCCCCUGUUCAAAUUGGCAGAGUCGAACUUGUGAACGCGAUACAUGUUGAUUCGUAUACAGUGUCUUCAACGGCUCCAUCGGUUAUCGAGACAACACGACAGGCCAAUGAACCAGUGCAAUAUGUGUAUGCCGAUAAUGUUGAUUCUCUUGAAAUUGUGGUCAGAAGAAAUACAUCGACGCCAUUUCCGGCAGUAUUUGGACUUCUCGUCACAAUCUGCUAUGAAUGCACUGAUGAAAUGAUCAACUUGUAUGUUGAAGCCAAAUCUGCGAAAGAGCCAAACAUACACCAUUUUGAGCACAGUAAAUUAUUUGAUCAAGCUGCGGGUUUAAUCAGCUUUUCAAAUCAAAGGUAUGACUAUUUGAGACUUGAGCUUUCCACUGAACGCAGAGCCACCCUCGUCAAUUUGGAGGUAUCAGCUGAUGUAUACAGUGUAACUGUCGAGUUUUUGAAGCUUGUUGAUGGAAAUCUUGUUUCUUAUAUCUCCGAUAUGCAGUAUGUAACUUCCAGCCUAAAAGUGGAGAUAUCUACCCCAGAAGGUUCACCCGUAAGCGAAAUACGUGUACACUUCCAUGCCUACACAGACUUCUUCUAUUUUGGCCACUUGGAGAUCAGGGCUUGCGAAAAGCCUACAGAAACGACAACUUCCUCAACAUCAACUUCCGUGACAACACCGACAUCAACCACAACAUCAACCACAACAACACCGACGUCAACCACAACAUCAACAACAACAACACCGACGUCAACCACAACAUCAACCACAACAACACCGACGUCAACCACAACAUCAACCACAACAACACCGACGUCAACUACAACGACGCCUACCACCACCACAACAACACCGACGUCAACCACAACAACACCGACGUCAACUACAACGACGCCAACCACCACAACAACACCGACGUCAACUACAACAACAACAACACCACCGACGCCAACAACAACGACGCAAACAACCACCACAACAACACCGACGUCAACAACAACAACACCGACGUCAACCACAACACCAACAUCAACCACAACAACACCAACGUCAACCACAACACCAACAUCAACCACAACAACACCAACUUCAACCACAACAACUCCGACAUCAACCACAAAAACACCGACCUCAACCACAACAACACCGACAUCAACUACAACGACGCCGACCACCACCACAACAACACUGACGUCAACAACACCGACAUCAACCACAACGACACUGACGUCAACAACACCGACAUCAACCACAACUACACUGACGUCAACCACAACAACACCAACAUCAACCACAACAACACCGACGUCAACCACAUCAACACCGACGUCAACCACAACAACACCAACGUCAACCACAGCAACACCGACGUCAACCACAACAACACCAACGUCAACCACAACAACACUGACGUCAACAACAACAUCUUCUACUUCUCCAACAACUCCGGCGCCACCUUGUCAAAAAAUCGAUGCAAUGCGUUAUCCAUUUAUCAUGGCCCAAGAAAACAUUGAAGUAAAUGCUUUCCCUGAUAAUAGUUCUGUAGCUGAGGAACUUGCAACGUCAAAUCAGACUGAAAUUGACAUUUUGAAGAACAAACUGAGGUCGACUUCCUCGGAGAAAUUUAACAUGGGGGAUUCCCAGUAUAUCAGUGUAACAAUGCGUUUUAACGAACCUACAACGGUUGGUCAGGUGGAUAUUAUCAGUACUACCGCUUUCGGAACGUUUACUGUCUUAUUAAACAUGAGUGGGACAGUUAUUGAAGAGAAGGCCAAGAAUGUCACAGAUAUAGCAAAGUACUUUAAUGCCUCGAGUAUUACAUCACUGACUGUUAUAAUAGAAAAAUCGCCCUCUUAUAGUGGAUCAGCAACAUUCCACCUCGGUGUCAAGAUAUGUUACGAAUGUGAGGCUGACAUGUUAGACACUCCUGUUAUGGUCUACACAAACGAGAGCUCUAUAAACAAACCCUUGUCAGAACUGAACACGAUUAGUUUACCCGAUGGCGGCCAGGAGCUCAGUCUUCUAUUUGACACAGUUGAGAGAGUUACGUUCAUAACGUUCGUCUUGACGCCAGGCGUCUUAACCACCACGGUGGAGUAUUAUCCAGACGUUGAAAGUGUGAUCCCAGAGUGGACGGAUGAAGUAAGCGUUUUUCAAGAUGGCCUCGUUGUUGUUGAAAACACACAUGGCAUUCCGGCAAGACUGAUAAAACUUAUAUUUGAUGUCAUGACAUCAGAACCAGUAAAGGUUACUGACCUUCAAGUCAAGGUCUGCAAUCCGGUGACAGAAGAAACUACCACACCGUACUUACCGACUACAACACCAUACAUCCCAACGACCCCGUCACUUCCAACCACCACUACUACUUUUUCGACAACUCCUUACGAAGUAUGUGAAAAUCCUGAUGACAUCGUUGCUGAUAGCCUAACAAACUACUCAGUUCAAGUAUUUGGCCUUACGAGCAAAACUAAUAUAACACAGGCCAUCAGCAGUGAUCCUAGCGACAAAUUCUACCUUCAAACGGGCGGGGAGAGGAACGACUUUAUUUAUUACCUGUUGCCAACAAAUGCUACAGUUAAUAUGAUACAGUUUAGAACAAAAUACGUCAAGACACUCUCGUUUCUUUUCGACGAUCUCAAACAUACACUUCAAAUACAAGACCCGGACGUGGCCAGAAUAAGAAAGUAUCACCCGCCUGAAAAGUACAUAGUAAAUUCUGUAUUGAUCGAUUUCGUAGAGUUUUCUCAACCUAGUUUCUAUGAAUAUGAUCGCCCGUACGUGAACAACGUGCUUCUGCAGCUUUGUUUCGAAGAAGAGGUAAGCACGACGACCACAUCUACCACUACACCGUUUUCAACAACAACAACAGCAACAGCAACAACAUCAGAGUACUCGACAAUAUCUUCAACAACACCUUUUGAAUGUUAUCCUCCUGAAAUGAAAUGUCCAAAUGACAAUAAUUGCUAUCAGAGGUGUAAUGGUACCAUUGAAUGUGACGAUCUAUCCGAUGAAAUGAAUUGCAAAAGUACGACAACUUCUUCGACAACUGUAUCUACAACUACAAGCCUUACAUCAACAACAUCAGGAACAACACCUACAACACCUUGUUUGGAGGGCUUGUAUCAAUGUACUGACGGAACUUGUAUCGAACCGCAGAAAAAAUGUGAUGGCAAGUGCGAUUGUAUUCCGUGCGUUGAUGAAGAUGGCUGUACAACAACAACACCAACUACUAAUACAACCGUCACAACUCCAACAACCACCUCAACACCAACAGUCACUUCAUCUCCAGAAACCACUACAACUCCAACCACUACAACACCGACAACGACAACAACACCGACAAUCUCGACAACAACAUCAACCACUUCAACACUGACAACCACUACAACACCAACAAGCUAUACAACUCCAACAACAACGGCAACACCAACAACCACUAUAACACCACCAACCACUACAACACUGACAACCACCACAACACAAACAACCACUACAACACCAUCAACUUCCACAACACCAACAACCACUACAACACCAACAACCACCACAACACCAUUAACCACCACACCACCAACAACCACUACAACACCAUCAACUUCUACAACACCAACAACCACCACAACACCAACAACCACCACAACACCAACAACCACCACAACACCAACAACCACUACAACACCAACAACAACCACAACAACACCAACAACCACUACAACACAAUCAACCACCACAACACCACCAACCACCACAACACCAUCAACCACUACAACACUGACAACCACCACAACACCAACAACCACUACAUCAUCAUCAACCACCACAACACCAACAACCACACCAACAACCACCACAACACCAACAACAACCUCAACACCAUCAACUACUACAACACUGACAACCACCACAACACCAACAACCACCACAACACCAACAACCACACCAACACCAACAACAACCACAACACCAUCAACUACUACAACACUGACAACCACCACAACACCAACAACCACCACUACAAACACCCAACCAACACCAACAACCACUACAACACCAACAACCACUACAACAUCAUCAACCACCACAACACCAACAACCACUACAGCACCAACAACCAGCACAACACCAACACCAACAACCGCUACAACACCGACAACCACUACAACACAAUCAACCACUACAACACCAACAACUACCACAACACCAACAACCACUACAACACCAACACCAAUAACCACCACAACAACACCAAUAACCACUACAACACCAACAACCACUACGACACCAACAAUCUAUACAACAUCAACAACCAAAACAACACCGACAACUACUACAACACCGACAACUACUACAACACCAACAACCACUACAACACCGACAACAACUACAUCGCCAACAACCACUACAACACCAACAACAACUACAUCGCCAACAACCACUACAGCACCGACAACCGCUACAACACCGACAACAACUACUACAACACCAACAACCACUACAACACCGACAACAACUACAUCGCCAACAACCACUACAACACCGACAACCACUACAACACCAACAACAACUACAUCGCCAACAACCACUACAACACCGACAACUACUACAACACCAACAACCACUACAACACCAACAACAACUACAUCGCCAACAACCACUACAGCACCGACAACCUCUACAACACCAACAACCACUACAACACCAACAAGUACAUGCAAGAUUGUCGAAGGAAUGUAUGAAUCUGAAAGUAAAGUAACAAAGAUAUAUGACAAGCAAAUAAAUGUUACUAAUGAAGAUGGUGUUGACUUAAUAACAAACGAAUCUUCAAAGUCGUCCCUGAGACCUGGUUCUAAUGAAACGUUUAAAAUAGCAACGCCAAGCCCAGUGAUAAUGUCAGUCAACGUGAGGACAAGAACACUUGUGAAUCUAACACUGGUGACUGCCAGUAACACUGUAGACUUCAAAUACAAGGUGAAGUUAAUAUAUGACAAUGGAACAGCGGGACCAUACACAGACCAGUACAAUGCUUCCAGCACUGCUUUCUUUAACGAAGAUAAUGUUGCAACAGUGGAAAUUUUUAUUGAGGAGUAUGAAGCGCCAAUAUACAUUGACGAACUGAGUAUACAUGGAUGUUUCAAAGCUCUACCUACUUCAACCCCAGUACCAUCAGCUACGACCCCAACAACGGCUACUACAACAACACCAACACCGCCUACAUUCCCUACAACAACGACAGCUACAACAAUAUCAACAGCUACUCCUACCCCAAGCACUACGACCAGUUCUCCAUGUGUUGACGAAGGGAUGAACACAACAACUUCAAAUACCACUUACAUUUCUGAUCAACAAAUAGAAGUUACAGACAUAUCUGGUAACGAUUUAACUGAAAACGGCAAAUUAAAAAAACAUUUAAGACCUGAUGAAAGCAAUUUUAUGACAAUAACAGAAAACGCUCCAGUUGUUUUGUCUGUUGAUAUGAUAGCUAAUGUUUUGACAAGUAUAACGUUGAUGACAUGGACAGGCGAUGGAACCGUCAAAUAUGAGGUCGUUUUGUCGUAUGAGAAUGGAACAGUGAAGCCAUUUGGAGAUUUGCAUAAUGAUACCGAAGUUGUCCCGAUUAAUCAGGAUAACGUCCAAAAUGUGAAUUUCACCCUCACGGAUUAUGUGCCGCCAAUUGAUAUCAAGCUAAGCAUUAUUGGGUGCUUUAACAUUACAGAAGAACCGCCUGUGACAAGUACAACCUCAGUAUCGACUUCAACAACCAGUACAACACCAACGACAACAAUAACACCAACGACCACAUCAACAACAACAAUAUCCACUACAACACCAACAACUACUACAACACCGACAACGACUACAACACCAUCAACGACUACAACACCGACAACUACUACAACACCGACAACUACUACAACACCGACAACUGCUACAACACCGACCACUACAACAUCGACAACCACUACAACACCAACAACCACUACAACACCAACAACAACACCGUCUACAACACCAACAACCACAACAACACCAACAACAACACCGUCUACAACACCAACAACUACUACAACUCCAACAACCACUACAACACCAACAACCACUACAACACGAACCACUACCACUACACCAACCAUUACCACUACACUAACAACGACCACGCCAACAACUACCACUACACCAACUUCUACAACACCAACAACUACCACCACACCAACGACUACCACUACACCAUCUACCACAACGCCAACAACUACCACUACACUAACUACUACAACACCAACAACUACCACUACACCAACAACUACCACUACACCAACCACGACAACGCCAACAACUACCACUACACAAACCACGACAACGCCAACAACUACCACUACACCAACCACUACCACUACACCAACUUCUACAACACCAACAACUACCACCACACCAACGACUACCACUACACCAUCUACCACAACGCCAACAACUACCACUACACUAACUACUACAACGCCAACAACUACCACUACACCAACCACUACCACUACACCAACUACUACAACACCAACAACUACCACUACACCAACCACUACCACUACACCAACUACCACUACACCAACAACUACCACUACACUAACUACUACAACACCAACAACUACCACUACACUAACUACUACAACACCAACAACUAUCACUACACCAACAACUACCACUACACCAACCACGACAACGCCAACAACUACCACUACACAAACCACGACAACGCCAACAACUACCACUACACAAACCACGACAACGCCAACAACUACCACUACACCAACCACGACAACGCCAACAACUACCACUACACAAACCACGACAACGCCAACAACUACCACUACACCAACCACUACCACUACACCAACUUCUACAACACCAACAACUACCACCACACCAACGACUACCACUACACCAUCUACCACAACGCCAACAACUACCACUACACUAACUACUACAACGCCAACAACUACCACUACACCAACCACUACCACAACACCAACAACUACCACUACACCAACUACUACAACACCAACAACUACCACUACACCAACCACUACCACUACACCAACUACCACUACACCAACCACUACCACUACACCAUCUACCACAACGCCAACAACUACCACUACACCAACAACUACCACUACACAAACCACGACAACGCCAACAACUACCACUACACCAACCACUACCACUACACCAACUUCUACAACACCAACAACUACCACCACACCAACGACUACCACUACACCAUCUACCACAACGCCAACAACUACCACUACACUAACUACUACAACGCCAACAACUACCACUACACCAACCACUACCACAACACCAACAACUACCACUACACCAACUACUACAACACCAACAACUACCACUACACCAACCACUACCACUACACCAACUACCACAACACCAACAACUACCACAACACCAACAACUACCACAACACCAACUUCAAAAACUACCACCACACCAACAACUACCACCACACCAACAACUACCACUACACAAUAUACCACAACACCAACAACUACCACUACACCAACUACUACUACACCAACAACUACCAAUACACCAACCACUACCACUACACCAACUACCACAACACCAACAACUACCACUACACCAACUACUACAACACCAACAACUACCACUACACCAACUACCACUACACCAACAACUACCACAACACCAACUUCUACAACACCAACAACUACCACUACACCAACUUCAACAACUACCACCACACCAACAACUACCACUACACAAUAUACCACAACGCCAACAACUACCACUACACCAACUACUACUACACCAACAACUACCAAUACACCAACCACUACCACUACACAAACUACCACAACACCAACAACUACCACUACACCAACUACUACAACACCAACAACUACCACUACACCAACCACUACCACUAAAACAACUACCACUACACCAACUUCUACAACACCAACAACUCCCACUACAACAACCACGACAACACCAACAACUACCACCACACCAACCACUACCACUACACCAACCACGACAACGCAAACAACUACCACUACACCAACUACCACAACGCCAACAACUACCACUUUCACCACUGCAACGAGCACUACUUUUUCACCAUGUGUUGAUGAAGGAAUGAACACAACAAAUCCAGAAAAUAUUACAUACAUUUAUGAUGAGUAUAUAGUAGUUGAAGACCAAUCAGGUAACGAUUUAACUAAAAACGGCAAGAACACAAAGAAUUUAAGGCCAGAUGUCACUGGUUACAUGAAAAUAGAUGUACAGGCUCCAGUUACUGUGACUGUUGGACUGAGCGCAAGUGUUUUGACAAAUCUUGCAUUGUUGACAGAGGAGAAUGGGACCGUCAAUUAUGAGUUAUUCUUAUCGUUUGAGAAUGGGACAGAGCAGACAUUCGGAGAUCUGCAUUAUGCUUCCGAAGUUGUCAAGAUAAAACAGAAUGACAUCAAAAAAGUGGCAUUCAACCUCACCAAAUUUACGCCGCCAAUUAAAAUCAAAUUAAGCAUUAUUGGAUGCUUUAAUCCUCCCGAAGAACCAACAUUACCAACAACCGCUACAACAUCGACAACUACUACAACACCAACAGCCACUACAACACCGACAACUACUACAACACCAACAACCACUACAACACCGACAACUACUACAACACCAACAACCACUACAACACCAACGACGACAUCAACAACAACAAUAUCCACUACAACACCAACAACCACUACAACACCGACAACUACUACAACACCAACAACCACAACAACACCAACGACCACAUCAACAACAACAAUAUCCACUACAACACCAACAACAACUACACACAAAAACGACACAACCACGACUCAACAACAACAAUAUCACUACACCAACACUAACAACACCGACAACACUACACACACAACCUCCACUACAACACCAACGACGACAUCAACAACAACAAUAUCCACUACAACACCAACAACAACUACAACACCAACAACCACCACAACACCAACAACCACAUCCACAACAACAACAACCACUACAACACCGACAACCACUACAACACCGAUAACUACUACAACACCAACGACCACAUCAACAACAAUAUCCACUACAACACCAACAACUACUACAACACCAACAACUACUACAACACCGACAGCCACUACAACACCGACAGCCACUACAACACCAACAACCACUACAACACCAACAAGUACUACAUCACCAACAACCACUACAACACGUACAACACCAACAACCACUACAACACCGACAACUACUACAACACCGACAACUACUACAACACCAACGACCACUACAACACCAACAAGUACUACAUCACCAACAACCACUACAACACGUACAACACCAACAACCACUACAACACCGACAACUACUACAACACCAACAACUACUACAUCACCAACAACCACUACAACACCAACAACCACUACAACACCAACAAGUACUACAUCACCAACAACCACUACAACACCUACAACACUAACAACCACUACAACACCGACAAGUACUACAUCACAAACAACAACCACAACACCAACAUCCACAUCAACAACAACAAUAUCCACUACAACACCAACAACUACUACAACACCGACAUCCACUACAACACCAACAACCAGUACAACACCAACAAGUACUACAUCACCAACAACCACUACAACACCAACAAGUACUACAUCACCAACAAUCACUACAACACAGACAACCACUACAACACCAACAACUACUACAUCACCAACAACCACUACAACACCAACAAGUACUACAUCACCAACAAUCACUACAGCACCGACAACCACUACAACACCAACAAGUACUACAUCACCAACAACCACUACAACACCGACAACCACUACAACACAAACAACCACUACAACACCGACAAGUACAUCAUCACCAACAACCACCACAACGCCAACAACCACAUCAACAACAACAAUAUCCACUACAACACCAACAACUACUACAACACUGACAACCACGACAACACCAACAACCACUACAACACCAACAAGUACUACAUCACCAACAAGUACUUCAUCACCAACAACCACUACAACACCAACAACCACUACAACACCAACAACUACUACAACACCGACAACCACUACAACACCAACAACCACUACAACACCGACAAGUACUACAUCACCAACAACCACCACAACACCAACAACCCCAUCACACACAAAAUCAACUACAACACAACUACUACAACACCAACAAUACUACAUCACAACAACCUACAACACCAACAACCACUACAACACCAACAAGUACUACAUCACCAACAACCACUCAACACGACAACCACUACAACCACAAACAACCACUACAACACCGACAUACACACACCAAACACACACGCCACAACCACAUCACAACAACAAUAUCCACUACACACCAACAACCCACUACAACACCGACAACCACACACACCAACAACCACUACAACACCACAAUACUACAUCACCAACAACAACCACAACACCAACAACCACAUCAACAACAACAAUAUCCACUACAACACCAACAACUACUACAACACCAACAAGUACUACAUCACCAACAACCACUACAACACCGACAACUACUACAACACAAACAACCACUACAACACCGACAAGUACUACAUCACCAACAACCACCACAACGCCAACAACCACAUCAACAACAACAAUAUCCACUACAACACCAACAACUACUACAACACCGACAACCACUACAUCACCAACAACCACUACAACACCAACAAGUACUACAUCACCAACAACCACUACAACACCCACAACCACUUCAACAAACCACUACAACACCGACAAGUACUACAUCACCAACAACAACCACAACACCAACAACCACAUCAACACAACAUACCACACACACAACACCAACAAUACUACAUCACCAACAAACUACACACCACAACCACUACAACACCGACAACACUACAACACCAACAACACUACAUCACCAACAACCACUACAACACCGACAACCACUACAACACCAACAAGUACUACAUCACCAACAACCACUACAACACCGACAACCACUACAACAACAACAAGUACUACAACACCAACAACCACUACAUCACCAACAACCACCACAUCAACAACAACAAUAUCCACUACAACACCAACAACCACUACAACACCAACAACCACAUCAUCACCAACUACCACCACAACACCAACAACCACAUCAACACCGACAACUACUACAAUAUCAACAACCACAACAACACCAACGACCACAUCAACAGCAACAAUAUCAACUACAACACCAACAACAACUACAACACCGACAACCACUACAACACCAACAACUACUACAACACCAACAACCACUACAACACUAACAACCACAUCAACAACAGCAAUAUCCACUACAACACCAACAACUACUACAACACCGACAAGUACUACAUCUUCAACAACCACCACAACACCAACAACCACAUCCACAACAACAAUAUCCACUACAACACCAACAACUACAACACCAACAACCACUACAACACCAACAACUACUACAACACCAACAAGCACUACAUCACCAACAACCACUACAACACCAACAACCACUACAACACCGACAACCACCACAACACCAACAACCACAUCAACAACAACAAUAUCCACUACAACACCAACAACCACUUCAACACCAACAACCACCACAACACCAACAACGACACCGUCUACAACACCAAUAACCACUACAACACCGACAACGACACCUUCUACAACACCAACAAGCACAACAACACCAACAACCACUUCACCAACAACAACCAUAUCCACGUCAACUUCAGUUUGCAAGGAGGAGAACGGUAUGGACGAUCCAGCUUUAAUACCAAGUAGCAAUAUUGUGUUCCCGAGUCACCCGUACCUUGAGGCAUUGGAGAAAGAAAACCUGAGGCCAAACUCUGACAUGGGCAAUCUAACUGUAAUGACAGAUGAGUUUGUCAUAGAUGUUUCUCCACAUAAAGAUGACAUCAUCACUGAAAUCUUCUGGACUGUUCAUGAAGGCAUGAAACGCUUCAGAGUGGAUUACAUAUAUAUAGAUAACCCAGACAGUUUGGUUCCGCUGCUUACAAAUAAUAAACAGGAAUACUACAACCCCGAUGAACGGGCCAAGUUCAACUUUCGUUCCGGCAUUACAAAGUUGAAGAUAACUGCAUUCAUGAAACAAAGUGCUACUCAGAUGGAUUUGAAAUUGUCUAUUUACGGCUGUUUCCAUAGGCGUUCCACAACAUCAAUAACAACAACACCAUCGACCACUACAACACCAACGACCACUACAACAACGACCACUACACCAACGACCAUCACAACAACACGGUCUACAACAUCGACCACUACAACACCGACCACUUCAACACCGACCACUACAACACCGACCACUACAACACCGACCACUUCAACACCGACCACUACAACACCGACCACUACAACAACACGGUCUACAACACCAUCGACCACCACAACAACACGGUCUACAACACCAACGACCACCACAACAACACGGUCUACAACACCAUCGACCACCACAACAACACGGUCUACAACACCACCGACCACUACAACACCGACCACAACACCAACGACCACUACAACACCGACCACAACAACACGGUCUACAACACCAACGACCACUACAACACCGACCACUUCAACAUCGACCACUACAACACCGACCACUACAACAUCGACAACCACUACAACACCGACCACUACAACAUCGACCACUACAACACCGACCACUUCAACAUCGACCACUACAACACCGACCACUUCAACAUCGACCACUACAACAUCGACCACUACAACACCGACCACUUCAACAUCGACCACUACAACACCGACCACUUCAACAUCGACCACUACAACAUCGACCACUACAACACCGACUACUACAACAUCGACAACCACUACAACACCAACAACCACAACAACAACACGAUCUACAACACCAACAACAACUUCAACUCCAACAACCACUACAACACGAACCACUACCACUACACCAACCACUACCACUACACCAACUUCUACAACACCAACAACUACCACUACACCAACCACGACAACGCCAACCACUACCACUACACCAACCACAACAACGCAAACCACUACCACUACACCAACCACGACAACGCCAACAACUACCACUACACAAACCACGACAACGUCAACAACUACCACCACACCAACCACUACCACUACACCAACCACGACAACGCCAACAACUACCACUACACCAACUACCACAACGCCAACAACUACCACUUUCACCACUGCAUCGAGCACUACCUUUUCACCAUGUGUUGAUGAAGGCAUGAACACAACAAAUCCAGAAAAUAUUACAUACAUUUAUGAUGAGUAUAUAGUAGUUGAAGACCAAUCAGGUAACGAUUUAACUAAAAACGGCAAGAACACAAAGAAUUUAAGGCCAGAUGUCACUGGUUACAUGAAAAUAGAUGUACAGGCUCCAGUUACUGUGACUGUUGGACUGAGCGCAAGUGUUUUGACAAACCUUGCAUUGUUGACAGAGGAGAAUGGGCCCGUCAAAUAUGAGUUAUUCUUAUCGUAUGAGAAUGGGACAGAGCAGACAUUCGGAGAUCUGCAUUAUGCUUCCGAAGUUGUCAAGAUAAAACAGAAUGACAUCAAAAAAGUGGCAUUCAACCUCACCGAAUUUACGCCGCCAAUUAAAAUCAAAUUAAGCAUAACUGGAUGCUUUAAUCCUCCCGAAGAACCAACAUUACCAACAACCGCUACAACAUCGACAACUACUGCAACACCAACAACCACUACAACACCGACAACUACUACAACACCAACAACCACUACAACACCAACGACGACAUCAACAACAACAAUAUCCACUACAACACCAACAACCACUACAACACCGACAACUACUACAACACCAACAACCACAACAACACCAACGACCACAUCAACAACAACAAUAUCCACUACAACACCAACAACAACUACAACACCAACAACCACUACAACACUGACAAGUACUACAACACCAACAACCACCACAACACCAACAAGCACAUCCACAACAACAAUAUCCACUACAACACCGACAGCCACUACAACACCGACAACUACUACAACACCGACAACCACAACAACACCAACGACCACAUCAACAACAACAAUAUCCACUACAACACCAACAACUACUACAACACCGACAACCACUACAACACCAACAACCACUACAACACCAACAAGUACUACAUCACCCACAACCACUACAACACCGACAACCACUACAACACCAACAACUACUACAACACCGACAACCACUACAACACCAACAACCACUACAACACCAACAAGUACUACAUCACCCACAACCACUACAACACCGACAACCACUACAACACUGACAAGUACUACAACACCAACAACCACCACAACACCAACAAGCACAUCCACAACAACAAUAUCCACUACAACACCGACAACCACUACAACACCGACAACUGCUACAACACCGACAACCACAACAACACCAACGACCACAUCAACAACAACAAUAUCCACUACAACACCAACAACUACUACAACACCGACAACCACUACAACACCAACAACCACUACAACACCAACAACCACUACAUCACCAACAACCACUACAACACCGACAACCACUACAACACCAACAACCACUACAACACCGACAAGUACUACAUCACCAACAACCACCACAACACCAACAACCACAUCAACAACAACAAUAUCCACUACAACACCAACAACAACUACAACACCGACAACCACCACAACACCAACAACUACUACAACACCAACAAGUACUACAUCACCAACAACCACUACAACACCAACAACCACUACAACACCGACAAGUACUACAUCACCAACAACCACUACAACACCGACAACCACUACAACACCGACAAGUACUACAUCACCAACAACCACCACAACACCAAAAACCACAUCAACAACAACAAUAUCCACUACAACAACAACAACUACUACUACAACGCCGACAACCACUACAUCACCGACAACUACUACAACACCGACAAGCACUUCAACACCGACAACUACUACAACACCAACAACAACACCGUCUACAACACCAACAACUUCAACAACCACUACAACACCGACAACUACUACAACACUAACAACAACACCAACAACUACUACAACACAAACAACUACAACACCGACAACCACAACUACACCGACAACCACUACAACACCAACAACAACACCGUCUACAACACCGACAACUACUACAACACCGACAACCACAACUACACCGACAACAACAACUACACCGACAACCACUACAACACCAACAACAACACCGACAAUUACUACAACACAGACAACCACUUCAACACCGACAGCAACUACAACACCGACAACCACUACAACACCGACAUCUACUACAACACUAACAACCACCACAACACCAACAACCACUACAACACCAACAACCACUUCAACACCGACAAUCACUACAACACCGACAACCACUUCAAAGUCAACAGGUACUACAACGCCAACAACCAGUACAACACCAACAUCACCUACAUCAACUACCCCGGGCGAAUGCACCGACGAAGGAAUGAAUAUAACAAAAGCUAACGUUACCGAGAUAUACGACAAGCAAAUAAAUGUCACAGACAGUUAUGGUGUCGAUUUAACUGACGGCGGUUCUUUAACAGGAUUUCUAAGACCUAGUUCGAACGAAUCGUUUACAAUAGAUACUCAAGAACCAGUGACCAUUUCAAUAAGUUUGAAAGCAAGAAAUCUAACGAGGGUGCUUUUAGUCACUGAUAAUAAUAUUAUAGACUUCCAAUACAAGGUCAAGUUGGGAUAUAAAAAUGGAGUUGAAGGUGCUUUCACCGACAAGUUCGCCGCUUCCAGCAGUAUUUACAUGACCGAAACGUAUGUCAGAGUUUUGACAAUCGAAAUCAGCGAUUAUACCCCGCCAAUACUCAUAAAAGAAUUGAGCGUGCUUGCAUGUUUCGAAGCUCCACCAGCCACAACCCCAACCCCAACAACUUUGACCACUACAUCGGUUACCACAACAACGCCAACACCACCAACUUUCACUACAUCAACAACAGCUACCACUACACCAACCACUACAACGCCAACCACUACCACUACACCAAAGACGACAACGCCAACCACUACCACGACAACGCCAACAACUAUCACUACAACGCCAACCUCUGUAACGCCAACAACUACCACUACACCAACCACUACAACGCCAACCACUACCACUACACCAACCACUACAACGCCAACCACUUCCACUACACCAACCACUACAACGCCAACCACUUCCACUACACCAACCACUACAACGCCAACAACUACAACAGCAUCCACUACCACUACACCAACCACUACAACGCCAACCACUACAACUACACCAACCACUACAACGCCAACAACUACCACUACACCAACCACUACAACGCCAACAACAACUACUACACCAACCACUACAACGCCAACCACUACCACUACACCAACCACUACAACGCCAACCACUUCCACUACACCAACCACUACAACGCCAACCACUACAACUACACCAACCACUACAACGCCAACAACUACAACAGCAUCCACUACCACUACACCAACCACUACAACGCCAACCACUACCACUACACCAACCACUACAACGCCAACAACUACAACAGCAUCCACUACCACUACACCAACCACUACAACGCCAACCACUACCACUACACCAACCACUACAACGCCAACCACUACCACUACACCAACCACUACAACGCCAACCACUACAAUGCCAACCACUACCACUACAUCAACCACGACAACGCCAACAUCUACCACUACAACGCUAACAACUACAACCCCAACCACUACUACUACACCAACAACUACAACGCUAACCACUACCACUACAACGCCAACCACUACCACUACAUCAACCACGACAACGCCACCAACUACCACUACAACGCCAACCACUACAGCGCCAACUUCUUCCACUUCACCAACCACUUCAACGCCAACCAUUACCACUUCCCCAACCACGACAACACGAACCACCUCCACAACAACGCCAACCACUACCACUACACCAACUACUACAACAACUACCAUUACACCAACCAGUACCACUACACCAACUACUACAACACCAACAACUACCACUACCCAAACCAGUACCACUACACCAACUACUACAUCAACAACUUCCUCUACACCAAGCACGACAACGCCAACCACUACCACUACACCAACCACUACCACUACACCAACCACUACCACUACACCAACCACUACAACGGCAACCACUACACCAACCACUACAACGCCAACAACUACCACUACACCAACCACUACCACUACACCAACUACUACAACACCAACAACUACCACUACACCAACCACGACAACGCCAACAACUACCACUACACCAACCACUACCACUACACCAACUACUACAACAACUACCACUACACCAACAACUACAACUACACCAACCAGUACCACUACACCAACUACUACAACACCAACAACUACCACUACACCAACUACUACAACACCAACAACUACCACUACACCAACUACUACAACAACAACCACUACAACGCCAACCACUACCACUACACCAACUACCACAACACCAACAACUACCACUACACUAACUACUACAACACCAACAACUACCACUACACCAACCACUACCACUACACCAACUACCACAACACCAACAACUACAACUACACUAACUACUACAAUACCAACAACUACCACUACACCAACCACUACCACUACACCAACUACCACUACACCAACUACUACAACUACACUAACUACUACAACGCCAACCACUACCACUACACCAACCACUACCACUACACCAACUACCACAACACCAACAACUACAACUUCACUAACUACUACAACACCAACAACUACCACUACACCAACCACUACCACUACACCAACUACCACAACACCAACAACUACCACUACACUAACUACUACAACACCAACAACUACCACUACACCAACCACUACCACUACACCAACUACCACAACACCAACAACUACAACUACACUAACUACUACAAUACCAACAACUACCACUACACCAACUUCUACAACACCAACAACUACCACUACACCAACUACUACCACUACACCAACUACUACAACACCAACCACAACCACUACACAAACCACGACAACGCCAACAACUACCACAACAACGCAAUCUACUGUCUCUACAAUCAGUACAACAACCUCUAUCACCACUGCAUCGAGCACUACCUUUUCACCAUGUGUUGAUGAAGGCAUGAACACAACAAAUCCAGAAAAUAUUACAUACAUUUAUGAUGAGUAUAUAGCAGUUAAAGACCAAUCUGGUGACGAUUUAACUAAAAACGGCAAGAACACGAAGAAUUUAAGGCCAGAUGUAGCUGGUUACAUGAAAAUAGAUGUACAAGCUCCAGUCACUGUGACUGUUGGACUGAACGCAAGUGUUUUGACAAAUCUUGCAUUGUUGACAGAGGAGAAUGGGACCGUCAAAUAUGAGUUAUUCUUAUCGUAUGAGGAUGGGACAGAGCAGCCAUUCGGAGAUCUGCAUUAUGCUUCCAAAGUUGUCAAGAUAAAACAGAAUGACAUCAAAAAAGUGGCAUUCAACCUCACCGAAUUUACGCCGCCAAUUAAUAUCAAAUUAAGCAUAAUUGGAUGCUUUUAUGAAGAAGAACCGCCACAAACAACAACUUCAACAUUACCAACAACAACAACCACUACAACACCAACAACCGCAACAUCUACAACACCAACAACCACUUCAACACCAACAACAACCACCAAAACACCAACAACCACAACAACACCAACAACCACUACAACACUAACAACGACACCGACUACAACACAAACAACCACUACAACACCAACAACCACAACACCAACAACCACUACAACAACCACACCGUCUACAACACCAACAACAAUAUCAACACCAACAACAACUACAACACCAACCACUACCACUACAACAACCACGACAACGCCAACAACUACCACUACAACGCCUACAACUACCAAUUCACCAACCACUACAACGCCAACAACUAUCACUACACCAACCACGACAACGCCAACAACUACCACGACAACGCCAACAACUACCACGACAACGCCAACAUCUACCACUACAACGCCAACCACUACUACUACACCAACCACGACAACACCAACAACUACCACUACACCAACCACGACAACGCCAACAGCUACCACUACACCAACCACUACCACUACACCAACUACUACAACACAAACAACUACCACUACACCAACCACUACCACUACACCAACCACGACAACGCCAACAACUACCACUACAGCAACCACGACAACGCCAACAACUACCACUACACCAACCACGACAACGCCAACAACUACCACUACAGCAACCACGACAACGCCAACAUCUACCACUACAACGCCAACCACUACCACUACAGCAACCACGACAACACCAACAACUACCACUACACCAACCACGACAACGCCAACAGCUACCACUACACCAACCACUACCACUACACCAACUACUACAACACAAACAACUACCACUACACCAACCUCUACCACUACACCAACCAGUACCACUACACCAACUACUACAACACCAACAUCUACCACUACACCAACCACGAUAACGCCAACCACUACCAAUACACCAACCACAACAACGCCAACAGCUACCACUACACCAACCACGACAACACCAACAACUACCACUUCACCAACCACUACUACUACAUCAACUACUACAACACCAACAACUACCACUACACCAACUACUACCAUUUCACCAACCACGACAAUGCUAACAACUACCACGACACCAACCACGACAACACCAACAACUACCACUACACCAACCACGACAACGCCAACCACUACCACUACAGCAACCACGACAACGCCAACAACUACCACGACAACGCCAACAUCUACCACUACAACGCCAACCACUACCACUACACCAACCACGACAACACCAACAACUACCACUACACCAACCACUACCACGCCAACCACUACCACUACUUCAACUACUACAACACCAACAACUACGACUACACCAACAACUACCACUACACCAACUACUACAACACCAACAACUACCACUACACCAACCACUACCACUACACCAACCACGACAACGCCAACCACUACCACUACACCAACCACGACAACGCCAACCACUACCACUACACCAACCACGACAACGCCAACAACUACCCCAACACCAACCACUACCACUACACCAACUACUACAACACAAACAACUACCACUACACCAACCUCUACCACUACACCAACCAGUACCACUACACCAACUACUACAACACCAACCACUACCAAUACACCAACCACAACAACGCCAACAACUACCACUACACCAACCACGACAACACCAACAACUACCACUUCACCAACCACUACCACUACUUCAACUUCUACGACACAAACAACUACCACAACACCAACAACUACCACUACACCAACCACGACAACGCCAACAACAACCACUACACCAACCACGACAACGCCAACAACUACCACUACACCAACCACGACAACGCCAACAACUACCACUUCACCAACCACAACAACGCCAACAACUACCACUACAACACCAACAACUCCUACUACAGAAUGUUACGAGGAGGGAAUGAAUGUAUCAAAUAAAACCAAAAUAAGAGAUCAAGACAUUAAUGUUACUGAUAUAAGUGGAAAUGACUUGACUUCAAAUGGAUUAUUAACUACAAAUCUUCGACCAACGGGACAAGACUUUUUCACACUUGAAACUAAUAACAUACCCACAACUAUCAAGAUGACACUUAAAAUGACGGCCAGUCAACUUACAAGUGUGAAACUGUAUACAAAUACUUACGGUGAAAAUGUUGUAUACAAAGUGUUCUUUUCGCACUUUAACGGCACAACAGAUACAGUCGAUAAUCUUUCUACGAACAGUCCUUCUGUUGAUCAAGUUGACGUCAAAGCGAUCACCAUUAUUUUGGUUUUGAAUACUCCAACAAUGAAAGUGAAGCUUAGCAUCACGGGGUGCUUGAAACCCCGCUUGUCAGGUUCAACACCAGUACCUAGUACAACUACUAGAACAUCAGUUACAACCACAACACCCACACCACCUACAUUCAUGACAUCAACAACGGUUUCAACAUCAUCAACAACAACACCAACAACCCCUACAACACCAACAACCACCACAACACCAACAACCACAACAACACCACCAACAACCACAACAACACCAACAACCACAACAACACCAACAAUCACAACAACACCAACAACAACCACGACAAUUAGCACAACAUCCGAAAGUACAACCGUGACAAUGACAUCUACUAUCACACCAUUCUCUACAACGACAAUGGUAUCCUCGACAACAAAGGGUUACUGUGUAUUCAAUUCGUCACAGAUUGCUGAUAUAUCCAGCUCCAGCUCGGGUGACAGUAACCGGAUUUCAGCGUAUAUAGAAAAAGAUGGAGAGCCUGGAUUUACAGAUGAUUCUGAGGCAGUUAUGUAUGGAGAUGUUAUUACACAAGGCGUUGAAGUGAUGAUGAACUGUAAAGUAUGCACUUGUCAAGCGGACCACAGUUUCAGUUGUGUAGAUGAAAUACCUUGUGUUUGCACGCAUACACCAUGGAAUGAAUGGACACCAUGCUCUGCUACAUGUGGUAAUGGUUGGAAGUCCAGGACACGUGACUUAUUAUAUGGUAGUACUAUUUUGUGCGACGAUCCUGAAGAAGAAGAGGAACGGUGUAACUACGGGGAGUGUGUUUCCACAACCACACCAUAUUGUGAACCGUGGUCCGAAUGGUCGCAAUGCGACUGUUUUGGUUCCGGGAUUAAAAUAAGGUCACGAACCGGAAGUUCCUGCGAGCCGAAAACGGAAGAAGAGCCAUGCAGUGACUACUGUUCAACAACACCAACUACAUGUCCUCCUGGACAAAAUCCAGAUCCAUGUGUUAACCCGUGCGAGGAUUCCUGUCACAAUUACCGAAAUCCAGGAGUAUGUGAGGCACCAGAAGACAACUGUAUAUACGGAUGUCAGUGUCCACAAGGGAUGCGUUACUAUGACAGCAAAUGUAUCAAUGAAACAGACUGUCCUUGUUAUUAUAAUGGUAAUCCAGUCCAAGUAGGCGUUACCCUCCCAAGCACUGACGAUUGUAUGCAGUGUACAUGUAACCAAAAUAAGCAGAUGGAAUGUAACCCUACUGACAACUGUUGCAUGUGGAGCAGCUGGAAUGAGUGGACUUCGUGCUCCAAGACGUGUGGUGGAGGAGAAAAAUACAGAACAAGGACAUCAUCCGGUGAUGGCUGUGAUGAUAAUGAUGAGACUAUGGAUACAGAACCAUGUAACCAAGACCCAUGUAAACCAUGUGUGAUUGACGGGAAGGAAUACGAGAAGGGAGAAGUGAUCUCUAACUGCACGUGUGAAAUCUGUUACUGCGCAGCUGACGGCACAUUGACGUGUUUACCACACACAGACAACAACAUUGACGGUGGUUUAUCCCCUUGGUCGGAGUGGACAGACUGCACCAAGGACUGUAUUGGUGGUAAAAGGUUCAGGACCCGACUGUGUAACAAUCCCCUGCCAAGAUGUGAUGGUACAACCUGUGCUGGGGAUCUGAUCGAGUAUGAGGACUGUAAUGCGAACGUUUCAUGCUGCCUCUUCAACGACUGGACGACAUGGAGUGACUGUUCAACCUCAUGUGGGGACGGAUCCAAGACUAGAACUCGCUCAUACAAAGACAUUGCUGAUAAAGAUGUUUGUGACCGGUCUCUAAAAGAGACAAUUCCUUGCUCUGACAAUACGCCGUGUGAUACAUAUUGCAAUGUGUCAGACUGGACACCGUAUACAGCAUGUAACGUUAACUGCGGAGAGGGAACACAGACACGAACAAGAACCAACUAUGACAAGAAUAGACCAGAGUGUAGUGAUAUUGAAGAAUAUGAAGAAAUAAUAUGCACCCUACCUGACUGCACAUGUGCAUAUCCUAUGAUAUGGAAGAACGACAGUUUGUGCCACAAACAGACUUGCGAUGAUAUGAUCAUUGAUCCUGCUUGUUCAGAAGAACGUAUGCCCGACUGUGUAUGCCCAGAAGGAUUCUAUAGGAAAUACGGAAAAUGUGUAGAACUGGAAACAUGUUACGAGUGUGAGGUGGGAGGAGUGACAAAGAAGAAUGGCGAAAUAUGGACCCCAGAUGGAACAUGUGAUGUAUGCCAGUGUGUGAACGGACUGGUCUCGUGCGAACCCAACAUGGUCGUUCCGGUUUGCAAAGAAGGAGAGGAAAUCACAUACGAAGACGGUCCGUGCUGCCCGAAGUGUACCGAAAAGAAGCCUACAUGUCAGCUGCAUACCAAGAAAGCAACACUGAAGAAAGCACUAUUGAACUAUACUGACGAGUGUGUCACUGAUGAAGAAGUGGAAUUCCAAUAUUGUGCUGGUUCCUGUGGUAUCAGUACAUCUGAACCUGAGAUCAUGCUUACUGAAUCCGGAUUCGCGCCAUCGGACGAGUGCAAAUGUUGCAAAGGAAUUCCUGGAACAACAAAGAAAGUAACUCUGAAUUGUGCAAGAGAACAACUUGAAGUUUAUCUCCCCGUUUAUUCGGGAUGCUCGUGUGAGAUGUGCAGCGGUCCCCCGUAAGGAAUUUAUUGCGAACUUGACCAGGCGAGUUACAUGGACUACGAAUUUGUUUUGUAUAUAGUAGAUUUAGCAGAACUAUUACUCUUGUAUUAAUCACGUGUUCUUCAAACUGCGUGCAUGUUAUUUUAAAAAAAGACAUGUGAUCAUGAUCAAAGUAUGGAGCAAAAUGUUCCCAAGCAUCAGGAUGUUUUUAUUUCGAACUAGGCCAAGCCAGUUACAUGGACUAUGAAUUUGUUUUGCACAUAGUGUAUUUAGAGGGACCCUUUAUUAUAUUUGCCAUUAUUAUGUUCUUCAGACUGCAUGCAUAUCAUGAAAAAAGAUAGCUGUGAUCAAAGCUUCAGUGCAUAGGAGACUAAAACGUAUUUUAGUUUAGUGCUUGUUACAUCGGCAAAAAGGUGAAAUCAGUAUAAUGCAUAAGGAUAUGUAAAACAUAUGAAAACAAUGGCUUGCCUCGCUUGCACUGUGUUAUUGUUAUUUGUUGUUUCUGUUUGCCUGAACGCACAUAUUGUUAAUUCUUCUUUUAUUGAUAUUUCUAAAUGGAUUUUUUUUCUUGAUUUAUAUAAAGAGAAUGUUAUAUUUAGAUACAUAAAAUACAAAAAAAAAAAAUCUGUUAUGAUGGUAUACUCAUUGGUACAAGGUGUUCUAUUGUUACUUGUUGAAAUUGUUGUUUGUUCACGUUAUGUUUCGACACCGACCGAAUCUGUUAUAUGGAUUAUGACUUUUGUCUUGUAUAUAACAAAUGUAGGAGUUAGAUGCAUCAAAAAAUGUUAAAAAAAAAAAUACACAAAUAGUUAGAUGAUACUAAAAUAAAGCUGCAAAUUUAAA